UCUCUCAGUGCUUGAAUGGAGACUGAUCAGUCUGCACCAGAAAACCCAGACCAGGGAUCCUCGGAUGAACAGCGAACAAGCCCUGCAAGGUCCUACGAGUGCACUUUUUGCAAGAGAGGUUUCUCCAAUGCGCAGGCCCUGGGUGGCCACAUGAAUAUUCACCGUAGAGACAAAGCCAAGCUCAAGCAAGCUUCUUCACCAGGUGAAACUACUCAACAAUCUCUGGACAUCGUCCCAAAGAUCAUCCCAUCCUCUCAAGAAAUUAGAAGCAGCCCUGGAAAGUGGCCUUGGGUUAUUCCAGAGGAGGAUGAUGCUAACAAAAGAGACAAAACCCAUGUUGGGGAAAUCAGACAACUGCCUUUGUUUGAUGAAAAACCAUCAACAACAGAUCAAAAUUAUCCAAGCAGUCAAGCUCAAGGGGGCAUUGGAAAGGGUAUGUCAUCAAGCCAGGGGUCAUCAGGGUUGGAUCAGUUGGACCUUGAACUUAGACUGGGGCCUGAGCCUCCAGAUUCGUCGCCAACAAUGACUACCAAAAAGUUCUUUUAAAUUCGAAACAAUAUCAUGCUGAGUGAUGAUGACUGCUGAAAUCGUGAAGAAAUCCAGUUUCUCCAGUCUCUUUCACAGAUGCAGAACACAUCCCGAGGCCAUUUAAUAUAUAGUAUGUAGUGCUUGCUGCUUCUAUUUGUUAUCAGAUGCUGGCCCUUACAACUGUAAACGGUUGGGAAGCCUCCAGGUACUUCCAUCGUGAAACUAGAAACUAGCUGCACUAUACUUACCAUAUCUGCUGGGUAACUAGACCAAACUUCAGGACUUAUGUUCAAUGAUCAAUCCUGUAUAAAUGAGCUGUCAGGUAGCUUGUUGUAAAUUUAUUCUUUCAGUAU